AUGGAAGUUUACAUAGAUGACAUAGUCGUUAAGUCCCUGCGAGCAGAGGACCAUUUGAAAUUUUUGCAGGAAACUUUUAGCACAUUAAAAAGGUACAACAUGAAGCUGAACCCAGAAAAAUGUGCUUUCGGUGUUGGAUCGGGCAAGUUUCUCAGGUUCAUGGUGCCAAAUCGGGGGAUCGAAAUCAACCCGGAUAAGAUAAAGGCAAUAGAAGAUAUCUCUGUGAUAAACGACAUCAAAGGAGUACAAAGAUUGACAAGACGGAUAGCUGCUUUAAGCCGAUUCAUUUCCAGAUCCUCGAACAAAAGUCAUCGAUUUUUCUUGUUGCUAAAGAAAAAGACUGACUUUGCAUGGACCCCCAAAUGUCAGGUGGCCUUAGCAGAACUCAAAAGGUACCCACAUUUGGAAAAACUCGCUUUGGAUUCAUUAAGUGCAUCUAGAAAAUUAAAACCUUACUUUCAGAGUCAUCCCAUAUGCGUCAUAACGUCGUACCCCCUAAGGAAUGUCAUGCAUAAACCCGAACUCUCAGGACGACUAGCAAAGAGGGUUGUAGAGAUUAGCGGGUAUGAUAUUGAGUACAAACCCCAAACUGCAAUCAAAUCCCAAAUACUGGCGGAUUUCGUGGUCGAUUUUGCACCGGCCAUGAUCCCCGAGGUUGACAAAGAAAUGCUUCUUGCCUCGGGGACUAGCACAGGAGUCUGGACUCUUUACACGGAUGGUGCGUCUAAUGUAAAAGGGUCCGGGUUAGGGAUCGUUCUAAAACCUCCCUCAGGUGACGUAAUAAGACAAUUUAUUAGAUCAGCUGAUUUAACUAACAACGAAGCCGAGUAUGAGGCUAUGAUUGCAGGUUUAGAACCAGCUAAAAGCUUGGGAGCAGAAAUUAUAAAGGCCAAAUGCGAUUCUCUCCCGGUGGUCAACCAAGCAAAUGAAACCUUCGAAGUCAAGGAUGAUCGAAUGCGAAGAUACCAGGAGAAACUGCAGGUUUUCCUUCGCCGGUUCAAGGAGUGGACGUUGGAACACGUGUCCCGAGAUCAAAAUAAUGAGGCGGAUGCCCUGGCAAAUCUGGGAUCCUCAGUCGAAUCGGAUGGGUUCAACUCCGGAGCUGUGGUGCAGUUGACAAAAUCGGUCAUUGAGACCGGCCACGCCGAAAUAAACUCGACCAGCCUCACCUGGGAUUGGAGGAACAAGUACAUAGACUAUCUUCAAACAGGAAAGCUUCCAUCCGAUGCUAAGGAAUCAAGAGCCCUCCGAACCAAAGCAGCUAGAUUUUGUUUGGUCGAUGGCCAGCUAUACCGGCGGUCGUUCCGCGCCCCCUUGGCGAGAUGCCUAGGACCAGGAGAAACCGACUAUGUUCUGAGGGAAAUUCACGAGGGGACUUGCGGGAAUUAUUCGGGAGCCGAUUCAUUGGUCCGCAAGCUGAUCCGAGCGGGAUACUACUGGAAUGAAAUGGAGGAAGAUGCCAGAACCUUCGUUCGAAAAUGCAACGAAUGCCAAAAGCACGCCCCGUCAAUACAUUAA